UUGAAGGAACGGGCAUGUGCGAAAGCGCAAGAAACGCCAAAACAAACAAGCGUUGAAGCGGAGAGUAUCAAGAAAGCUGUAGCUUCGAAACAAACGGAUUUGGCCUCGAAGGGCGAGAAAGCGGAGUCAUCGAAGGUUGGUCCAGUUCCGGAAGUGAACACAUCGAAGGAUCCAGUGAUCGGGAAAAAGGAAAACACGGAUCGGAAUGCUGAAUCGAAUACGAAGAAAUCUGAUGGUUUGCCGGACUCGGUUCCUACUGGUUAUGUAAGGGAUCCACGAAACUACUCAAGAAUGGAAGAUUUAAGUCCAGAAGAUUUGGCGCAGUUCAAAGCUGAUCGUUUCGAGUUCGGCAAAGUGCCGAGAGUUCCUCCACCUAUGGAGCUCUGUUAA